AGGCGGAGCCACGAGGCUAGCGCCACCCGUGCGCCUGCGUGGAACGAUUCUGUGGCGAAUGCGGGCUGAAAGCUAGCUCCGGGGUGCACGUGGAGCGCCGCCCGAAGGGCAGUCUCAGGCGGUAACCCGCGUUCUGUACCAUGGGGCGCAAGUUGGACCCUACGAAGAAGGAGAAGCGGGGGCCAGGCCGAAAGGCCCGGAAGCAGAAGGGCGCCGAGACAGAACUCGCCAGAUUCUUGCCCGCAGUAAGUGAUGAAAAUUCCAAGAGGCUGUCUAGUCGUGCUCGAAAGAGAGCAGCCAAGAGGAGGUUGGGCUCUGCUGAAUUCCCUGAGACAAAUAAGUCUCCUGAGGCCAAGCCGUUGCCUGGAAAGCUACCACAAGGGAUCUCUGCAGGAGCUGUCCAGACAGCUGAUAAGAAGGGAACCCAGUCCCUAUUUAAUGCUGCUCGAGGCAAGAAGCGCCCAGCACCUAGCAGUGAUGAGGAAGAGGAAGACUCUGAAGAAGAUGAUGUGGUGAACCAUGGGGACCUCUGGGACUCCGAGGACAGUGAUGCUGAUAUGGUAGAUGACUAUGGAGCUGACUCCAACUCCGAGAAUGAGGAGGAAGGUGAAGAGUUGCUGCCCAUUGAAAAAGCUGCUCGAAAGCAGAAGGCCCGGGAAGCUGCUGCUGGGGUCCAGUGGAGUGAAGAGGAGACAGAGGAUGAAGAGGAAGAGGAAGAAGUGACCUCUGAGUCAGGCCCCCCAAAAGAGGAGGAGGCAGAUGGGGGCCUGCAGAUCAAUGUGGAUGAGGAGCCGUUUGUGCUGCCCCCUGCUGGGGAGAUGGAGCAGGAUGCCCAGGCUCCAGACCUGCAACGAGUUCACAAGCGGAUCCAGGAUAUCGUGGGAAUCCUGCGUGAUUUUGGGGCUCAGCGGGAAGAAGGGCGGUCUCGUUCUGAAUACCUGAACCGGCUCAAGAAGGAUCUGGCCACUUACUACUCCUAUGGAGACUUCCUGCUUGGCAAGCUCGUGGACCUCUUUCCUCUGUCUGAGCUGGUGGAGUUCUUAGAAGCUAAUGAGGUGCCUCGGCCCGUCACCCUCCGGACCAAUACCUUGAAAACCCGACGCCGAGACCUUGCCCAGGCUCUAAUCAAUCGUGGGGUUAACCUGGAUCCCCUGGGCAAGUGGUCAAAGACUGGACUAGUGGUAUAUGAUUCUUCUGUGCCCAUUGGUGCUACCCCCGAGUACCUGGCUGGGCACUACAUGCUGCAGGGAGCUUCUAGCAUGUUGCCUGUCAUGGCCUUGGCACCCCAGGAACAUGAGCGGAUCCUGGACAUGUGUUCUGCCCCUGGAGGAAAGACCAGCUACAUUGCUCAGCUGAUGAAGAACACGGGUGUGAUCCUUGCCAAUGACGCCAAUGCUGAGCGGCUCAAGAGUGUUGUGGGCAAUUUGCACCGGCUGGGAGUCACCAACACUGUUAUCAGCCAUUAUGAUGGGCGUCAGUUCCCCAAGGUGGUGGGAGGCUUUGACCGAGUACUGCUGGAUGCUCCCUGCAGUGGCACUGGGGUCAUCUCCAAGGACCCAGCUGUGAAGACUAACAAGGAUGAGAAGGACAUUCUGCGCUGUGCUCACCUCCAGAAGGAGUUGCUCCUGAGUGCUAUUGACUCUGUCAAUGCCACCUCCAAGACAGGAGGCUACCUCGUUUACUGCACCUGUUCUAUCAUGGUGAGACUCCGCCAUGGCAGAGCCGGGAGGCUGGGCUGGGAGGGCUCUUUGCCCAUUAGAGCUCCCUUAAGUUCCAGCUCUGCUUUUUCCUCCCUUCUGUCUUUGUCUUCCCCUCGCAUCCAGGUGGAAGAGAAUGAGUGGGUGGUCGACUACGCUCUGAAAAAGAGGAAUGUGCGACUGGUGCCCACAGGCCUAGACUUUGGCCAGGAAGGUUUUACCCGCUUUCGAGAAAGGCGCUUCCACCCCAGUCUGCGUUCUACCCGACGCUUCUACCCUCAUACCCACAAUAUGGAUGGCUUCUUUAUUGCCAAGUUCAAGAAAUUCUCCAAUUCUAUCCCCCAGUUCCAGACAGGAAAUUCUGAAACAACCACACCUACAAAUGUAGACUUGCCUCAGGUCAUCCCCAAGUCUGAGAAUAGCAGCCAGCCAGCCAAGAAGGCCAAGAGGGCUGCAAAGGCAAAGCAGCAGCUGCAGAAACAGCAACAUCCCAAGAAGGCCUCCCCCCAGAAGCUGAAUGGCAUCUCCAAAGGGGCAGACUCAGAACUGUCCACUAUACCUUCUGUCACAAAGACCCAAGCUUCCUCCAGGCUCCAGGAUAGCAGUCAGCCAGCUGGAAAAGCUGAAGGGAUCAGGGAGCCAAAGGUGGCUGGGAAGCUAAAGCAGCGAUCACCUAAAUUACAGUCCUCCAAGAAAGUUGCCUUCCUCAAGCAGAAUGCCCCUCCCAAGGGCACAGACACAGAAACACCGGCUGUGCUGUCCCCAUCCAAGACCCGGGCCACCCUUAAGCCUAAGGACGGUCGUCAGCCCUUUGGAAGGGCCAAGGGGGUUGAGAAGCAGCAGUUGCCAGAGCAGCCUUUCAAGAAAGCUGCCUUCCAGAAACAGAAUGGCACCCCCAAGGGGCUUCAGUCUCCCACUGUGUCUCUUGUCAGUUCCACCCACACCCCACCAGCAAAGAGGAGGAAAUCUCAGUCCAGGGGCAACAGCCAGCUGCUCCUGUCUUAGAUGGUUGAAAACUAGACGGGUGGCUCACUGCCUUUGUCACCGGUUUGGAACUCUUGCCUCUGUGAGGAAGCCUUUUGCACUGUGCAUGCCCAUGAAAUUGAAUACACAUUUUACAACCUCUG